AUGAAAAAGAGGAAGUGCCACUUUCGACAACACAGUGAAGGAAGAGACAAGAGAAAAAAAAAAUUGAGGAACAGACACAAAUUUGUACUAAACCGCAGAGGCGAUACCUACUGUGAAGGGAGAGGUGGCAGGGGGACCCACCGAACAAAGGGACAUGGUCCAAAUAAUCACAAUUUUGCACACAUCCAGAAAUGUAAAAUUUGUGGGAAGGAGUCACAACAAGGAAGCGAACUGCUAGUCAAACCAAGCAGGUACAAGGCAACUGAUUCAUAUAUAUGUGAAGACUCACGACACAACAGUAGCGACUCCUCUGAAACUUCCAAAAUUUUCGAAUCAAACAAAUCGGAGAUAUAUCAGAGCACAAGCGAGUUCGAUGGGAACAGCAGUACAUCCAAUAACACCAUUAGCAAUCUAAGUGCACACACAGACGAGGGGUACAACCAGGAUGAUAGAUUAAUUCAAAUAUUUGAGCGCAUCGAUUAUGUAGGGAAUGCGUGUUCAGGGGAAAAUGAUGACUUGCACACAAAUUGGGACAUGUUCGACACGUUCAAUGUUUAUGACGUCUUUGAAAACGAGGCGGAAGCUGAUAGGGCGAGCGCAGAGGGUGCACAUAAUUGGGCCGCUAACCGAGUUUAUAGCGGGGGCAUUAAGCAGAAUGCUAUUGAGUAUGCUGACCGAGUUGAUGGUCGCGCCGCUAAUCAUGCAGCUAAUCACGCCGCCGAGUGCGACGACCUCACCAAAGCAACACACCAGACAGAAAAACUAAUCAGGCAGAACGUCUUGUCCAACAAAAUGCUCAUCAUACUCCCCUUUUUUAAGAAGCGUAUCUUCGUAGAAGCCAUAUGGGAUUACUUCCAGACAAACAAAAUGAACAACGAAACGGACGGGGGUAAUUUAAAACUCCAAUGCUUCCAAACCUUCUGUAGAAUCCGCGAAUGUGCAACGCGUUUUAAUGAUGAUCCCACCGAUGGGAACUGCCCCAAUGAUGAAUUACUCAGCAAGUACUUCUUUAACAAACUAAAUAAAAACCAAUAUGAUAUAAAAAUAAAAAUGGAUUACUACGAAGUGGAGUUUUUUUUCAUUUUCUUCUUAACAUACUUUCGCUUUUCUCUAUACCUAACGGGAUUUAUAAAUUCAUCUUUUCUGUACCACUCGAACGAAGUGCACUUCAUCAUCUUUGUCCUGAACAGAUAUCAUUACUUCGUGGACCAUAUGUACAUUAAUGAUAAUUCGUUGCCUUUUACUCCGAAUGAGGUGCAAGACAUUAUGUCCACCUACAAAAAGUGCAUUAUCUCUCUUUUAGAUUAUCUCGACACUUUGUACCCGUUUCUCCUCCUUAUAAGUGACGUUAUACAAGAGGUGCACACGAAAUUUAAGAAAAUUUCACACAAGGUGAAGAAACUUGAGCAGGUUCUGGUGAAAGCAGACACGAUUGACAGAACCCCCCCGACAGAUAAUAUCGACCCUGAUAUUAUGACCCCACACACUAUCAAAAAGAUUAAUGCGGUUAAAAAAAUUAACAAAAUAAAGAGGAAAUUCUUCAAACGGAAUGGUGAAUCGUUUGCUAUGCUCAUUAGAGCGCGCUUGGCCAGUUAUUGGGUCGAUAGGGGGGAAUGUUGCAUGGGUGCUGCCAUGUUAGAUCAGCCGUUUCUAGACGAUGCCAAUUUGAAUGACCACUCCCUACAUGGGGGCAAUCUGGACGAGCACCUCGUCCAAAUGAUUCGUAACACCAGGUCCAACAUGCUCCUAAAACACACCAUCUUCCGCACGGUGUUGAAGCUGAAUCAAAUUCUCAGCUCCCUUGAAAUGGCCAUCAGCCUCCCAGACGCGAACGAAACAUGCGCACAGCAUAUCAUGUCCAUGUCUACGCUACUCACAUUCAAAGCCUUAAAAGAAAUGAAAAAAAAAGACAAGUGGAUUAAACUCCUAAAGCAUAAUUAUUUCUAUAUCGAAAAAAGUUAUUACUACUUCAAAGAAUUACAUGAAAAAAAAAUCAUCUACUACCAAAUACAAAAUCUGUUCCGAUCCAUCCUAAAUUUCAAAAUUAAUGUUGUGUAUAAUCCCUUCAUACAUUACUUGUCCAUUGAAGACAUGAAAAACAAAAAUACACCCACUAUCUAUGAUUAUAUAUACUACAUAAAACACAUGCGCCAGAAAAAUUACUUAGUAACUCUCUUUGUAUUCAAUCGGUUGAUUUACAAACUACAAUUUGACAUCACCACGUACGGGCUCCUCUUCUCAAUUUAUAGCUCCUUGAAAUUUUUAUUUUUCGAAAAAUCUUCCAUCCAUCUAAUAAAAAAAAAUGGAACAAUGAAAAAUAAAUUUAUGUACCUAUUCAACGAUAUGAUAAAUUCUUGGGAUUUAAAAACGUAUGAACAUAUCCCCAUUCCUUCCAAAAAUAUUAUAAAGGACACUUUUUUUAUUCAAGAAAAUUCAAUUGUCAUGAAUGUAAUGUCAGCUGCCAUAAGGGAAGCAACCCGUAUGAGAUUCACUGGACAUAUAGUCACUAAUGCUUCCCUUUUCUAUUCUUAUAAGAGGCUCCUAAAUGAUCAAGUCCGCAAAGUCAUCCUAAACAACAAUGCUAUUCACAUGGUUGAACAAAAUUAUGUGAUCCAUGAAAUUCAAGACAACUUGGAGGAAAUGAAAAAUAAACUGUAA